CAAAUCCAACAUGGCCGGCCGAAUUGCGAUUGAGUCUUUUAGCUGUCAAACCACGGUGUGAAAAAAUCUCUCUUCGAUUGCAAAAAUAGUCUUCGCGGCGUUCUUUCGUGUAGUAGGGAUGUGUACUUCACAGUGAUGCGGCAAUCGUGGUAAAAGAAGCCGUUGAAAUUCAAAGUGAUAAUAAUCGAACCCGUGCUCCCCUGUUGUGUGAAUGUUGAAGUUAAAAAAUCUGAUGAAAAUAUCGGCGUAAACGAGAAGCCUCCGCUGUGUGUUGCAUGUGAAAACGGAAGUAUUCCAAGCGAGAGGAAUGCGUUUAGCAUAAAAAAAAAACAAAAGUAUGCUCUAAUCCGUAGUACUGCCCCUGCUGCACUCUAGUUUAAGCUAAGUGUACCUUCAAAUCGUCGUGAAGCUGGCACGUUAAUCAGCAACUUGUCUUGUUCUGGGUGUAAUGUGACGCCAAGCAACUAGCUCCCGAUCCGGUAACAGAUGCCAGUUUAACAGAUUCACGAAUCAGUUCGAGGCGUGUGUACGUUUGUCCUGCCGUUCUGUAAAGGAAGCCAGCACCGAGUGUUUUUGUACGCGAGUUGAAUUUUCCGUUGGUUUUCUUAAGUUUAUUGUUACUGUUGCCCAACCAAACCAAGCAGGCCGAUAUAAAACCAGUGUACGAAGUGUUGCUCGCAACUCACCGCAAACAAGUGGGAAGCGCUAAUUUGAUUAUUUUUUUCAUAGCGUAUCCUUUUGAUCGUUGAGCUCAUAAUUUUUGUUUUGUGCAUUUUGGUAGAAGAAAUAGCCAGCCAGUCGGUACGCGGUCGUGAGGAAAAUGAUCUAAACAGUGUAGCGCAAAUGCAAUAUCGCAAAAGGAAAAUCCUGUUCUCUUCGGUGUGAUUACUGCGGCGAAUCGGUUCAGUGACGGUUACGGUUAUCCUGUCAUCGAACGGUUGCUCCUGCUUGAAAGCAUCGUUUUGUGAGUCAAGUUUUGCUAAGUGUGUGUGGUGUCUCGUUGAGUGUACUACAGUAGGCAACACACAGUCGAAAAGUUGGCGUUGAUUCAUCGUACGAUAUCUACUGCCGUAGGUUUUUGCUGAUAAAAUAUAAAGUAACUCAUCCCUCCACGGCGCGCACGGUAACCGGAAGCUUGCAAAACCGUUGUCGUACCGACAGCCAAACGUCGUUUCCACGAAACGAACGACCGGCCGAGAAAUACUGAUAAUCCCGUGCCACUGGCGGUGACUCGUCGAUCCUUCUGCAGGUAUAGUCACAGGGAGGUGGAUCCAUCGCUUUCGGAGCUGGCGAGGAUCGUCACCUAGCAACGACACGCAUACACACACCUGAACCCGCAUCAAGCAAGGACGCAAAACUGCAGCAACCCGCAGAACAAACGAUGUCGUCUGGAACGUUCGUAGAUCGAAUCGAUCCGUUCGCCAAACGUUCGCUCAAGAAGAAAAGCAAAAAAUCUCAGGGCUCAUCACGGUACAGGAAUUCACAGGAUGUGGAGCUUCAGCAGUUGCCAUCCCUCAAAGUUGACUGUUCCAGUUUAGAGCAGGAGGAACUGUUUAUCCGAAAGCUACGGCAAUGUUGCGUAUCGUUCGAUUUUAUGGAUCCCCUGUCGGAUCUGAAGGGGAAGGAAAUCAAGCGGGCAGCCCUGAACGAUCUGUCAGCCUACAUCACACACGGCCGCGGCGUGCUGACGGAGAAUGUUUAUCCGGAGAUUAUCAAAAUGAUAUCGGUAAAUUUGUUUCGAACCCUGCCGCCGAGCGAAAACCCCGACUUCGAUCCGGAAGAGGACGAUCCCACCCUAGAAGCUUCCUGGCCCCAUCUGCAGCUGGUGUACGAGGUUUUUCUUCGGUUUCUCGAGUCAGCCGACUUUCAGGCCACGUUCGGGAAGAAGGUGAUUGAUCAGAAAUUUGUCCUACAGUUGUUGGAACUGUUCGACUCUGAAGAUCCGAGAGAGCGCGACUUUCUCAAAACCGUGUUGCAUCGUAUCUAUGGCAAAUUUCUAGGAUUACGCGCUUUUAUUCGUAAGCAAAUUAAUAACAUAUUCCUACGUUUUAUAUACGAAACGGAACACUUCAAUGGCGUCGGCGAACUGCUGGAGAUUUUGGGAAGCAUAAUCAAUGGAUUUGCUUUACCGUUGAAGGCGGAACACAAGCAGUUUCUGGUGAAGGUCCUGUUGCCAUUACACAAGGUAAAAGUGCUGUCCCUCUACCAUGCCCAGCUCGCUUACUGCGUGGUGCAGUUCCUCGAGAAGGAUGCCUCACUGACGGAACCGGUCGUGCGGGGUCUACUGAAAUUCUGGCCAAAGACGUGCUCACAGAAGGAGGUGAUGUUUCUGGGCGAGAUCGAGGAGAUACUGGACGUGAUCGAGCCGCCGCAGUUUGUCAAAAUACAGGAACCACUGUUUCGACAGAUCGCCAAGUGUGUUUCCAGUCCACACUUUCAGGUUGCCGAACGGGCACUCUACUUCUGGAACAAUGAGUACGCGAUGUCGCUGAUCGAGGACAACAAUGCCGUUAUAAUGCCAAUUAUGUUUCCGGCCCUCUACCGGAUCAGCAAGGAGCACUGGAAUCAGACGAUUGUCGCGCUGGUCUACAAUGUGCUGAAAACAUUUAUGGAGAUGAAUUCUAAGUUGUUCGACGAGCUAACAGCAAGCUACAAGGCGGAGCGGCAGAAAGAGAAGCGGCGGGAACGAGAGCGUGAGGAACUGUGGAAGCGUCUGAACGAGCUCGAGAUAUCGUCCCGUGCGCCAAACAAAGAACAAAAUCAGCUCACCAAUCAAUCGGCCGGAGGACUAAUACAGGACGGUGGCAAUGCGCCACUCGGUGGGGGUCCCGGCAACGCGCAGCUAAAUCCCAACCAGCUCUCAUCGUCCGCAUCCGUUACAUCAGCCUCAUCCUCGUCGCCGUCGUCGGCGAACUCGACUGGCAAUAACAUCAACAACAAUAGCAUUGGCUCGCAGCCGCCGGGGUCAUCGGUCGGUGCUGCUGCCAGCGCACUAUCCGCCACCUCCCAGCAGAACGCCGCGGCGGUUGAUGCGGCAGCUGCGUUAAACAAGUGAUGUACUGAAAAAUAUUUUUUCUAAAAGUGCGCCCCUGCCUCGGAGCAGCCGCAGCAGCAGCAACACAUAGACUUGCACUGAAUUAUAAUUGUUUUUUUUUUCAUUCGCGCUCCUUCCACUUCGAUGGAGUCAAAUAAAUCACACAUACACACACUUACAUACACGCAUAGACACCUAAACGAACACAUUUCCUUCGUCACGUGUUGAUGUCAUACUUCGUCGUAAAAGCUGUUAAAAAUAUUUCGCUACACCAUCUACGCCCUCGAAAGCUAGACUGUAGCGAUUGGGUAAGCCGAAAGAGCAAGGUCGAAAAUGCCUAUCUGCGAAAUAUGUGCGUGUUGUACCCAUUGAAAACAGCUAGAUAAAAAAAUAAUCAAUAAUAUGAAGGAGUUAAUGUCGAGCUCAUGGAAAAAAAAAAUGUUAAAAAGAACCGUUACCGUUAAUCUCUAAGAAAUCGUUUCGGUUGCUUUGCAUUACUACUUAUCUUUUCUUCAAGAAGUAAACAUUGUCAUUGAUGCUACUCAAAUAUCCUUAUAAGUUAAUGAAAAAUAAAAAGAGGCAAAACAAAAGCUAACGAAUAUAGAAGAAAAUCGUAUGCUCCUGUAAGCAGUCCUACUCCAGUGAAAUAGUUUACAUACAACGAGAGUUUACUAGUAGACGAAAUACAAAUUGAUUUUUAGUUCUUUAGAAUUGAAAAAAAAAAUCUUGAAGCUAUUGAUUAUCUUCGAAGUACAAAGUUCCGUCACGAGUCGUCUUAAUUUUCGAAACGACAGUGUAUUCUGUUGGUCAUGCGUAAAGAAAUUUCACAAAUUAUUUAGACCUCUUCUUGGACGUUACGUCGGAGUGUCUUACAACUUCAUUUUUGUACUGAUUUCAAAUGUACUCUUCGCAUCGGAUAAUGUACAGAAUACUUGAUCUUCAUUUGGUGCGAUGUCAUAAACAAUUGUUUAAAAAUGCAGCUCGAUAUUACUCACUCAUUGCAAGCAUAGGGUAGCCUUCAAUUUAUGGAAACCGGCAUGGACGGAUCGGCAGUCGAAGACGAAGAAACGAGACGAAUUGGCGAGAGGAAAACAGUAUAAACUACACUGCGACAAGGAAAUCAUAUGUAAAAGCUGCUUAAGCAUAGAGUUUUUUGGGAAAAAAAAACUAAUUGAUACACGCUUUACCACCGGGUUUGCAAUAAUGCAAUAUGACCAUCAUAAAAAGAAUAACGUGAAUAGGAGAAAUUUUUGAAGAAGUUUUUGUUUUAGAUCCUUCGUCAUUUGCCCCUCCAUAACAUGCGAAGCACAUAAAAAAGCAACACCAUCAUAGUCAUCAUCAUUGCCCCAAACCAACUCACACACCGCGGUUUGCAUUGCAUUAGCAUAGCAUAACAUCAUCUGCUAGCUAACACACACACACAGUAUCAGAUACGGCGGCGUAACCGGAUAGCGGUGAAGAAGAAAAAACAAAAAUAAAAAACACGGUAGUGAAUUACGAUGUUUAUAAGUAAUAAGGAUCGUGAAAUGGUAAACUUCUACGAAAGAUAACAUGCCAGAUGAAUGUGUAGGAAAAAUGACGAGAAAAAAAAACACAACAAAUAUUUAGAGAAAAAAAAGCAAAGUAAUAGUGCAACAAACGAGUAACAACGUACACUUUCCCCCCCACUCCCCCACGCCCCACAUAAACACAACAAACUCACUCACAGAGAAAAAAAAAGAAUUACUGAACAACCAUGCUUAAUAUUCUAGACAUAUUAACAAUACUACAAAGAGAGAAAAGAGAGCGAGGGAAAAAAAUUUGCGCGUCGAAGGGAAAAAACUAAUAGGGGAUGCGUAAUGUAACAAGUCAACAAACAACUAAACACUGCAGAAUGAAUCAUCCGAAGAAAGGAGAAAAAAGAUAAAAUAAUAUGCAAGAUGAUUAUAUUAUAAAUAAGGUGAAAAUACAUAAGAAACUUAGUGGAAAAAUCACGAAAAUGUAGAUCAGUGAUGUAAAGGAUAAAAAGAGAACACACGCAUACACAACCCCUCCCAAUACAAACACACACACACAUACACAUACACAUACACACUGAUAAAAGAAGAUGUAUUUGUUGUAGUUAUAUGAAAAAUUAUAAUAUUAAUUAUUAUUAUGCGCCAGAAGAAAAACAAAAGAUUAUAGCACACACUCACUGUAGAGCGGGUGAGUCGGGGACAUGAAAGUUUUGCUUGUAGUGGCAGGAUAUAAGAAAAAAACAUCCUGAACAUGGCAAAGUGUCGUCCCCGCUAUGGAAGCAGAGCGAAUGAGAGAUAUCGAUGUGAUUCCCGCUUUUUUUUUCUAGUGUGCAUGAGUUGAGCUUUGUGUGUAUGAACGAGAAGGGAGAGAACGAGAGAAGACAGAGAAGCUAGAUGGAGCGGUACAUCCUGUAGCGGCGGGGGUGUGUGUGUGUGUGCGUGUGUAUGUAUGCGUGCAGAUAUGAAUGUGUCCUUGCUGUGAGGUUGCAGGUAGCAGGAAAAAAACAAAAGCAAAAACACAACAUCUCGCUCGUUAAACUGUUGGGAAAUUCACACCGUGCUGUACACGUUAAUAGAUAUCAACAAUGGAAAAUGGAAUGAAAUAAAGCAAAACAAAACGAAACAAAAUUCACCUUAUCACACACACACACACCAUAUAUACCAUACAUACAUACAGCAAAUCAUUCAGAGAUCAACCUGAAAGAUCACUUACAGCAAGUGACUAGCUGAUAAUGGCAUGUCAAACAGGAAACGAACACCACCCACACACACACACACACAAACUCUGUACGCUUGCGCUCCGCUGUGUGUUUUAUGUGUGCCACUGUGGCAGGGGAUACUUUGAUGCUUCACAACACAAGUGCCGAAUUGCCAAACCAUAAGACGAUCCCCUUCCUUCCCUCAACAAAUAGACAAACAUACAAAAGAACCGACGGGAUAAGUUCUGUUUCCCCAACUCUGUGCCAGGAGUUAAAAACCUCCUCUAAUAAACAAACCCAAGAGUAGAAAUGUAAAACCAUAUGACUACCUUUGGCUAGUAAAAACUAACGAUAGGAAGGAAAGUGGCCAGCAAAGAAAUUGACCAGCUGUCGUUGAAAGCUUAAGCUCGAUAGUAUGCAGGAAAUGAUACGGCAUAAAAGGCUAGCCUUUGUUGAUGUUUAUUCGCUAUUUUCGUUUCCCCGAUUGAUAUGCGCUAUGUCCUUCGUCACCCUUCGCCUUAUUACGGUUCCAGCCCGGGUGGAAACUAUUAGCGACGUUGGUCGACACUAUCAUGGUCCAUGUGUGACCAACACGAAUUUCCGUCUGUCCCAAUCGCCCAUGCCUGACACCCAAUCCGGUCAGCUUGUACCGGGAGAGGAAAUUGUUUCAAAGCUUCUUUUUCUGUUUUCUCUUCCUUUCAUGCGGAACAAGGCUGUACAAUUGCUCCCCGAUUGCAGCCUGGUCUACAACCUGUUAGAUUGUACCUUCUCCGGGCAUUUCUUUUCGCGGUGAAAUAUAAUAGAACCUCUGGGUUCAUCCCUUAGGAGAACAUUUUCACGUAGUCGGUUUGUCACCCCAAAUUCAUUAAAUUUAACGCAUAGAAUAACAAAACUAAAAGGAAGAAUAAUUAUUGUGCACCCAAAAUACAAGUUGCAGAUCGAAUGUUUGAAAAACAUCGGAUGUGAAACCACCAUAACCUGAAGGGCUGCGAAAGCGCACCGAUCGACGUGAUACUAAUAAACAAAACCACCCAUCAUCCGGACAAACAACAGCUGUAGGAUGGCAUUCCCCCCACAAGCGCUACUAGAAGAACAAAACACUUCAGCUGAAACCAUAUAAGAAGGACAGAAAUAUACAGUGUGUGUGUGUGUGUGACCCAAAAGGCUAGGAAGAAAGCCUAUGCACGUCACGGUAGAGCAGCAGCUGCUUGUAUCGACUAUCUAAAAAUAUUGUACUCGACUAAAGAAAGCAAUGGAACGAUGGAUGGAUACAUCAAUAAACUCAAUAUAUGACAUUGGAAACAUAUGGAACUCUGCAUAAUUGCUACGUUUAAGCGGCCGAUGGCGUUUAAGCGGCCGAUGGAUUUACGGGUGUGUUGUGUGGGUGUGUGGAAGGAUGGAUGGAUGAAAGGGUGUAUGCUGUUUAUCUUAGUUGCACACGAUCUGCCAUACGUACGACAGCAUGGAUUAAUAUCCUUGUAGGAUCCGCAUGCUUAUUAUUUGUUUCAAAGUUUUCACCAACCAUCGUUUGAUCAGCUUAAAAAGCAUCAUUAAACCAACCUUUCCGAUAGCGAAGUGCAAUUGAACGAUCAUAAAAUAUAGUGUCGAAAAAAAAAUCAAAACAUUUGCUCAAUCAUCAUCCUCGUUGUAGUAUAAACUUGAGUUGCAUGAGUUAAAAGAAAUCAUGCUAUUGUAAACAAAAGACCGGCGGCACCAUCGGUUUGAAAUAUACUCUGGAUUUAGUGUUUCUGUUAAUUCCGCCGCAAAGUCUAAGAGAAAAAGAAAAUGUGUACUGCACUUAUUUCCCAGGCUUGUUCGCGUAUUUCCGAUCUGGUGUAUGUGUAUGAUAACUAAGCUUUCACCGGCAAACCUUAGUAGGCAAUGUCGCAAAAAAGUAUGAUUUAUUGCUACUAGGAGUGCAAAUCAUGUUCGAGUGUCCUUGCAGCAUAGGAAUGUGUGUUUGUAUGUGCGCAUUUGUGUGGGUGUGUGAAUGUAUGUAGUUUCGCGUGGAUGUGCUACUUUGAUUUCCCCCGUAGCUAGUGCGUUUGCAGCAGAGGCAUCCUUAAGGUUUGGGGGGGAGGCAUGAUUAAUGACGGGAUCGAGUCAUCUUGAAAAUCUACGACGGUUACCGCGUAAAUUCGCGAUCGAAGUAGUCGUGCUUUACCCUGCCCGGUGCAAACCCCUCGAAAUGGUUGGUUACAAAAAUAAACCCUGUGUAAUGCAAAAUAAUCCCCUCUUUUGUUGUACCAAUAUCUAUAGGGACCUGGUAAAAUCGUAUGGGAGUAGAACAGAAGCACACCGGGUAAAAACUCCGUUGUAUAAAUAAUUAAUAGAAAUUCAAAAGCAAACUCAUCUCCUAAUCAAAUACACACACACACACAUACACACAAAUUACAUUACAUACAACUACCCCAUGAAAACUUUCGAAUUUCCACAAAACGCACUGUCUAGGAGAACGAAUGACAAAUGUUUUUAAAUUGCGUUGCGGAAUAUUUGUGACUGUACCGAAGCAUAAAACUUGUUUAGAGGAUCGUCAAUCGAAGUGAACAAAACAUAAAACAAAAACUACAAAACAGAUCGUAAAAAUGAAAGCAUCAUAGAUAUUCUGCAAACAGAAGCUUCCCGAGAAGAGCUAAAACGCGUAUAACGGGGAAGUGAAAUGAUAGACCCUAGGCACGCAAUGUUCGGCUAUGAAGUGUGUUGUGCGUAUGCACCGAUAACAAACGCAAACAAAAAAAAAACAAAAACAAACGCAUCCCUAGCGACUUUUCACGAUGAUAGACGUGAAACUUACGAGCAACUGUACGCAAAACUAGAAAGAAAAAAAAAACUCACAGCAUUAGAAACCUCCUACGCAACGCUUUGUGGUAAACUUAGUGGGAUGAAAGAUAUGCUGUAGUAAGAAAAAAGAAGAAACAACAAUGUUACGCAGAACGUAUGUCAG